AUGAAGAAGAACACCACCCCUCUAAUGUCUUGCACCAUCACCCUCUUCAUUGUUCUUCUUCUCCUCCUCUCCUCCACUCCAUCUUCAGUGUUCUGUCGUCUCCCCUCCAAGGCUUCUGAUGCUUCUCAGCGAAGCACUUACAUAGUUAACGUGCUGCCACCAGAGGACCUGGCAUUUGCCAACCCUUCCGCUCUCAAAGCAUGGCAUGAAUCCUUCUUGCCUGAAGACAUGUACACCACCUCAAACUCCUUAAUUACUGGUCCUCGGUUUUUAUACUCCUACACCCAUUCCUACACCGGCUUUGCUGCAAAGCUAACAAAGGAGGAGGUCAAAGCCAUGGAUGGCAAGCCCGGCUUUGUGAGCGCCAUCCCCGACACAAUCUAUCCGCUUCUCACCACUCACACUCCUCACUUUCUAGGCCUCAACAUCGGCGACGGGACGUGGAACAAUUCCAACCUCGGAAAAGGUGUCAUCAUCGGAAUAUUAGACACCGGUGUCUUCGCCAGUCAUGUCUCAUUCCACGAUGAUGGGCUUCCCGCUCCACCUUCAAAAUGGAAGGGAACAUGCGAUCUUGGAACUAGUUUAUGCAACAAGAAACUAAUCGGAGCACAAGCAUUCCAAAGCGACGAUGCUGUGGCUACAGCCACAGAUGAGGUGGGUCACGGCACGCACACUGCUAGCACAGCAGCUGGGAACUUCGUUGAUGGUGCCAGUUUCCUCGGCAUAGGCAAUGGCACGGCCGUGGGCAUUGCACCUCUUGCUCACCUAGCUAUUUAUAAGGUAUGCAGUGGGAGGGGAUGCUCCAGCGCUGAUAUACUUGCCGGCAUAGAUGCUGCUUUGAAAGAUGGUGUUGAUAUAAUUUCGCUGUCUCUUGGUGGCCCAUCCCGAUCAUUUGCCGUUGAUCCGGUUGCUGUUGGUGGUUUCCGAGCCAUCGAGAAAGGGAUUAUGGUAAGCGCCGCGGGAGGCAAUGAUGGCCCGAGCGCGGGAACAGUCUCCAAUUUGGCGCCUUGGUUGCUCACUGUGGCGGCAAGCACCAACGAUAGGAGAUUCAUGGCAACUGUGAGGCUCGGCAACGGGGUUGAGUUCGAUGGCGAGACUCUUUACCAUCCCGGAUAA